UGUACUAGUCAGAGCUCUAAGGCUUCACACAAGUACAUCUUCAAGAGCUUUGAUAAGUCACCACCCCUUUUGCCCCGUUUUUACAAUUAGAUUUUUCCAUUGCUUUAAGAGUACUUCCAUAAAUAUGAGGAAAAUCUUUUCAUAAUGACACAAGAAAAGCACAAUUGAUAUUCUUCUUCUCUUCUUCCUCCAUAUUGUUCAUCUUUAUUCUUGCCAUGGAUAUCAACCACCACCUUAAGCUCACAACCUCCACUUGGCAACCAACCAUGGCCAAUAUAGAUGACCAUAUCUUCGACGAUCAUCAACAGCAGCAACAACAACAACAACGACGAGAAUUCCCUUUUGAUCAUAACCCCAUUUGGCCUAGUUUUCCUCUUCAAAACCCCCACCACCACCUUCCCACUUUCUCAAGCGAACUGCAACAACAACAACAGCAACGACAACAACAAGUCCCUUUUGAUCAUGUUGUAAACAACCAUGUUCAAACAUUAAUAGAAGAUCAUCAUGAUCAAGAACCCGAGGACGAUGAAGAAGAAGAAGAGGAGGAGGAGCUAGGAGCUAUGAAGGAAAUGAUGUUCAAAAUUGCAGCUAUGCAACCAGUGGAUAUUGAUCCAGCCACCAUUCGUAAGCCUAAAAGGCGAAACGUCCGAAUAAGCAACGAUCCACAGAGCGUCGCAGCCAGGCUCCGCCGCGAAAGAAUCAGUGAAAAAAUUAGGAUCUUGCAAAGAUUAGUCCCUGGUGGAACUAAAAUGGACACUGCUUCCAUGUUAGAUGAAGCCAUUCGCUAUGUUAAGUUUUUAAAAAGGCAAAUUCGCCAAUUGCAAUCGUCAAAUCAUCAUCUUCCCCCGUCACAGGUACCAGUAGUUCCGUGCCCUAGUACUGAAAAUUGGGCAAAUAUUAUCACACCAACAAAAGCUCUAAUUCUUGGCUCCUCCAGUAUCACCACCACUACCAUCGCUACUACCGCAACCUUUGUUGGUAACAGUGCAUCGGAUCCUACGUAUGAGGUAAUUGGUAAUUAGCUAAAAAAGGAUUGGGAAUUGAAGUGAUUAUUAUGAUCAUUAUUAUGUACUAAUGAAAAUUAUUUUAUAAGAAUAAAAUUAAUAAUAAUGGAGGAAAUUGUGUA